GUCAUCUACCGUGAACUACUGUCUGCUCAAAGUUCGUUUUGGUUUGGCCGACUGUUUUUCAAUGAAUUUUAAUUUUUCAAUUUUCAAUCAAUAAUAAUUAAAUAUUUAUUGAACUGAUUAAAACAAAGUGUGAUUGUUGUGGAUUUCUCAUAAGACACACAAUAAGAUGUUGUCAAGCGUUAGAGGUUUUCUGUCCCGUCAUCGUAGGAAGUUCAUUGUGACCGGAGUCGUGGUAGGCGGUUCAGUUUUGGUCUUUAAGUAUGCCAAAAAGAAGCUCCUUGAUUUUCAAGAGCGCCAAGCUCGUGAGUUCAUCGAACGCACUCAACGAAUUCAGUAUUUUGAAUCACAAGAGCGCAACUGCAACCAAGUUAUUCUAGGAAUAAGCACAGAUCUAUGCAAUGAGAUUUUAAAGUUGCUUAAUCACGAGGAACUGCUGGAGAGGCUGCGGAAGAAUCCAGAAAAUAAAAUCGAACUGUGGGAAGAACUCAAAAUCAUUGCAUUUACACGACUUGCAGUGCUCAUUUACGCCACAUCCAUGCUGAACAUCACACUGAGAGUACAAAUGAAUGUUAUCGGUGGUUAUGUGUACAAAGACACAAUGCAGGAGGAUAACAAACUCACCGACGACAUUCGAGAGGCCUAUUUGUCGUCUAUUAGGUAUUUUCUAGGCGAUGGUUUGGUGAAUUUAGUGCAGUUGAUCAAAACAAAAGUAAAGGCUAUUCUCAAGACACAAUCGCUCACCUCUCGCUUAAGUCUCUCCGAUCUGGAACAGCUCUUCUGGUCAAUUCAAAUGUCCAUCAACAGCGAUGCGAGUGAUCCGAACAGCAAACUAGCAACCUAUGUUAUGCCCUCGCAACUGGGCAACUCUGGAGAAAUUCUAGACAAGAUGUACAGCGAAACAUUGGACUUGUUGGAAAGCGAUGAUGUAUCAACGAUAUGUUCAAACAACAUAUGCCGUGGUUUCUCGAUUGCUGUAGAUGGCAUAGCCGAGUGUAUGGCUGAUUCCGUCAAAACCGCCUUGCAAGGUCAACCAGGAACAGUCACCGAUGAAACGCCCAAAUUCAAUGUGAACAAAAUCGAAUUAGCUCUCGCCAAAAUAAUCCCUAUUCUCAAUGGACUGACAGCGAAGGGCGUUGAUAGCAGCAAGAAACCCCAAAACUUUGUCACAUCAGUAGUGACAUUCUUUUUGGUGUCGGAAAAAUGCAAGAUGCUUGGAGCAAAUGUUUAUGAAGUAUUUAGCGUAUGAAAUCUUUGUUUAAAUCGAGACUAACGACAACCAGAACGGUACUGAACGCAUUCCAAUAUGUGUGUGUUUUUAUUUGUUUAAGUUUAUAAUUUAUAUUAUAUAUUUUUCUUUUGUAUUUUAGUUUUAAAGGGUCGCAUGUGUUACAAAAAUAAAGAAUCAGGUAUUAUGAAGAACAAUCACACAAAAAAGAAAGAGAGUGCGAUUUUUGUUUCCUUCAUUUUCAUA